UCAGCCGCCUGGCGCCUGCCCGGGCGCCGUCGCCGGCGCCGCUUCUUCGGCCGAGGGCCCCGGGCCGAAGGCCGGCGGCGCGGAGGGCCCGGGGCGGCCAGGAGCAGCAGCGAGAGGAGUUGUGGUGGCCCGGCGAGGUCGGCGAGGGCGACGAGGGGCACCCGAGUCGCAUGGAGUGCCCCGAGUGCGGUGCGCACAUGGACCUGGUGCGGCGCGGGGCGGCCGGGCGCGGCGCGGGGGGGUGGUUCUACGCCUGCUCCCGCCGCGACGACGAGCGCCGCCCCUGCACGGCCUGCAGGAAGCCGGUGAAUAGGACCGCGGCCAGAGAGCGCUCGAGGCAGAAGGUGCCCCGCAUCAUCCUCCGCAACUACCAGGUGGGCGCCGUGGAGACCAUCAGGCGGUCCUUCCAGGGAGGUCAGGACAGGGUCGUGGUGUCCUUGGCCACGGGGGCCGGCAAGACGUCCGUGGCCAAUGGCUACCUCGACAAGCACGAGUCGGAAGCUGUGGUCUUGUGGACGGCACCCGGCCGCGAGCUCCUCGAGCAGGCGGAGAUGAACUCGCGGGGGUUCCGGCCCGAUCGCGGUCGUCGGUAUCGCGUCGGACUGGGGGACGUCAUGCCAGACAUCCCCGAGCUACCCAGGCAGAUCUGUCGCUCUGGCGGCGCGGUGGUCUACGCGACGGAGCAGGCUAUCUUCAGAAGGCUGAAGAGUCCUGCAAAAGGCAUGUCCGGUCCCGAAGAGGCCGAAGGUCUCCAGAUGCCAGGCCGCAUCCCUGACCUCAUCGUCGUGGAUGAGUGCCACUGGGCGGGUCUUACCAAAAUCGGCAUGUGCAUUCUAAAGUGGGCCAGGUACCACGGAAUUCGGGUCCUGGGUCUCACCGCCACGCCGCUCCCGGCGGCGCCUCUUCCAGUUGUUCACGUGCUCCCUUUGGUGCAACUCGCGAAGCUGGGCGUUCUCGCUUGGCCCAGACUCUGGCGAGUCGAGCGGCUUCCCGACUUACCGCUGUGCGUAACGAGCGUGUUCGACAUGCGGAAUCACCAGGAGGAGCUGCCCCUUGAGCUGCCUCCUGCCGACAUGGCCAUCGAUCUGACAGAGGUUGUCGACGUGUACGAGGGUGACGCGGAGAGGUGGGGCAAGACCUUGAUCAAGGUUGCCUCGAUCGAGGAUGCCGAUGACCUGGUGCGACUGUGCCGGCAACGAAAUCUCCGCGCCGCGACAGUCAACGCCAGAACGCCUCUUGCAAGCAGGCAAGGUAUC